CGGUUAAGUGCUUACAUAUUAGCGUUUGAGUCGACCAUACACUGGAUAUACAGAGUAUAGCGCCCAAAAUCGCAGACUUUAUAUCGAUUUUCACUGCAGUUAUGAUGUCUGACUAAAAAAGUUUCAAAUAUUUACAUUAAUUUUGUUUAAAAUUGUGAAUAAUAUACUGUAAUUACUAAUAUUACCAGAAUUGAGCAAAUAUGAUGCAAAUGAAAGGGGAGACAAUUCACGACGGAUUCAAUCCGGAAGCCGAAUUUCCAUGUUUUCGAUGUGUCAAGAUCACCCUCAUCGUAAUCCACUCAAUAUCCCUGGUAGUAAAGGCCGCGAUGGCCGAUAUGUUUAUCGCCGCCUUCUUUGUCUUGUCGGCCGACAAGACAUCCGAUAAUAAGACAAUUACUUUGGAUCAUAACAACGAGAAAGUCGAUGUCGAUGACAAAGCACUCGCAACAGUUAUGGGAAUAGUUGUGAUCGUGUUUACCGUGUUUGAGGUGAUAGUCCUCAUCGGUAUCGUACGUGAGAACAAGAAUAUUGUAUUCGUGUAUCUGGUGUUUGGGGUCAUUGGCAUCGUUCGCAACCUGUUCGUCCUGCCCAUGUUCAUCAAUAUACCCACCAUUAUAGUGGUCUCAUUGACCGCUUAUUUUGCUUAUAUGAUCGUCAAGAAGGACAGACAAGUCGUCUAAAUAUGGGCUCAUUUAUUACGCUUUUAGCUGAGAAUUUUAAUAUUAUUGAGUCAUUCAUUAAGUAUGUACAGUACGCCAAAUGAGUUAAUCAACAUCCUUUUAGCA